UGUGUAUGAGUGUUCUGAGAUGCCAAUAAAAUUCUUACAAAAACUGAAACUGAAAUGAGGAAGACUGAUUGAGCAAUCCAUUAGAAGGGUGAAUGCCAGUAAAACCUAUUGUACCGUAGGGGCAGAGAUGCAGAAGGGAAGAAAGAAGAAAACUCAGGAGAACUCUCCUGCUUGGGGGAGUCAAGCUCUGUGAUGUGUUAAAUGUAGGACAUCAACAAACACAGAUAACAGGAAAUGAUCCAUUCCCUGUGGUCACUUACUCUGAAGGCCCUAACCUUCAAAGCUCAAGGAGCGAAAUGGAUGACUCCACAGAGAGGGAGCAGUUACUCCUUUCUUCUUGCCUUGCGAAAAGAGAAGAAAUGAAACUUAAGGAGUGUGUUCCCAUCCUCCCUCACAAGGAAAGCCCCUCUGCUUGGUUCUCUAAAGACGGAAAGCUCCUGUCAGUGACCUUGCUGCUGACCCUGCUCUCCUCCUGCCUGACAGUGGUGUCUUUCUACCGAGUGGCCACCCUGCAAGCAGAGCUGCUGAGCCUCCGGGCGAAACUGCAGUUCUACCAAGCUGAGCAACUGCCAGCACCCCCCAAAGCAGAAGCAGGAGCCCCCACGGCAGCUUUGAGGGAAACUCCAGCUGACACCCCCGGACUGCAAGAGAUCUUUGCACCAGCAGCCCCAGGAGACAGCAACUCCAGUCAAAGCAGCAGGAGCAAGCGUGCUGUUCAGACUCCAGAAGAAACAGUCACUCAAGACUGCUUGCAACUGAUUGCUGAUAAUGACACUCCUACUAUACGGAAAGGAUCUUUCACAUUUGUUCCCUGGCUUCUCAGCUUUAAGAGAGGAAGAGCUCUGGAGGAAAAAGAAAAUAAAAUAUUGGUCAAAGAAACCGGUUACUUCUUUAUAUACGGUCAGGUUUUAUACACGGAUAAUACCUUUGCAAUGGGACACUUAAUACAGAGGAAAAAAGUCCACGUGUUUGGAGAUGAAUUGAGUCUGGUCACUUUGUUCCGGUGUAUUCAAAACAUGCCUGAAACACUACCCAAUAAUUCCUGUUAUUCAGCUGGCAUUGCAAAGCUGGAAGAAGGAGAUGAACUUCAACUGGCAAUCCCACGAGAAAAUGCUCAAAUAUCCCAGGAUGGAGAUGGCACAUUUUUUGGUGCAUUGAAGCUGCUAUGACCUACUUACACCAUGUCUGUGGUUAUUUUUCUCCCUUUCUCUGUGCCUCUAAGGAGAAAAUACUUAACUGGAAAUGCCAAAGGAAAAGAAAAAAGAGUACUCAUCACAGCCUUUCCUGUGAGCUAUUUGGUUUGGUUUUCUGAAGCUAGACCAAAACAGGAAAUUUAACAGACAACCACAGCCAGAGUGUCAUGUGAAUUACAAGAAAUAGGACACAUUUAAGGAAAGAUAGCAUUAGAAAAACUUUUCGCUUUGAUGACAUAUUGAACAGUUGAGUCAUAGCCUCUUGUCUUGGAAGAAGCAAUUGAAAUGGGGCAAUAACGAUUUCUUCAAAAGUGGUAGUCCGUAAUUUACUGUACAAGUGCCCACGUCUAUAGGAUAUGAGGACGUUUUUGUAAAAUCGCAGUGUUUUCUUCUAUUUUUACGUUAGCUACAUCCUUGCAUUUUUCAGUUAAAAUUGUGGAAAGUAAAAAAAAAAAAAAAAAAAAAAA